AAUUAGAAAUGUGUUAGCUAAUCUCGUGCUAAAAGGGAAUUAAGAAAAGGAUUCAGAACAAAACGGUAUCAGCUCCGUACAUAAGGAAUCCGAACACCGGCCGGCAGACCGUCAGCGGCCCUAGGUCUGCACAACAGAGCCGCCACCUUCUUAUAAAAACCUGAUGUUCUCAGUUGCUUCUGUGCUCACUUCACACAGCCAUGACAAAACUCGAUGUUCCGUCCGCCUCUCAGCCUACCGGAGCAACGUCCGCCGCCGGCUCCUGCGCCACCAAGAAGCCUGGGGCGAAGGAAAUUAAGCUAUGGGGCGGCCGCUUCCAGGAGAGCGUCACAGACGCCGUCGAACGCUUUACAGAGUCGAUUUCAUAUGAUAAGGACCUUUACAAGCAUGACAUCAGCGGCAGUCGUGCUCAUGCAUCCAUGCUCGCCAAGCAGGGCUUGAUGAGUAUCAGUGACAGGGACAAUAUUCUAGCAGGUCUCGAUGAGAUCGAGAGGCGUAUUCGAAAUGGCGAGUUCGUCUGGAGAGCUGAUAGGGAAGAUGUUCAUAUGAACAUUGAAGCUGCACUUACUGAUUUGAUUGGCGAGCCUGCCAAGAAACUGCAUACUGCUCGGAGCCGCAACGACCAGGUUGCGACGGAUUUUCGCUUGUGGUGCCGAGAUGCUAUCGACUCGAUUGUCGAGAGGAUUAAAGAUUUUCAAGUUGCGAUGGUAGACUUGGCAAUUAAGAAUGCAGGAAUUAUUGUUCCUGGUUAUACACAUUUGCAGAGAGCACAGCCCGUCCUACUUCAGCAUCUUCUCUUAGCAUUCGUUGAGCAGCUUGAUAGGGAUGCUGGUCGUUUGCUGGACUGCCGAGCUAGACUGAAUUUCUGCCCCUUAGGAGCUUGUGCACUGGCUGGUACUGGCCUUCCAAUUGAUCGAUUCAUGACAUCAAGUGCUUUAGAAUUCUCAUCUCCUUUGAGAAACAGUAUUGAUGCUGUUUCAGACCGAGAUUUUGCAAUGGAAUUUCUUUCUGCCAAUUCUAUUAUGGCCAUUCAUCUUUCUCGUCUGGGAGAGGAAUGGGUAUUGUGGUCCUCUGAGGAGUUUGGAUUUAUCACACCUAAUGACGCCGUUUCAACUGGAAGUAGCAUAAUGCCUCAGAAGAAAAAUCCAGAUCCAAUGGAACUUGUUCGUGGAAAGUCUGCUAGAGUCAUUGGCGAUUUAGUAACCCUUCUAACAUUGUGCAAAGGACUUCCUCUUGCAUACAACCGUGAUCUGCAGGAAGAUAAGGAACCUGUAUUUGAUAGUGUUAAAACAGUUUUAGGGAUGCUUGAGGUUUCAGCUGAGUUUGCACGAAACAUUAGCUUCAAUCAGGAUAGAAUUAAGAAGGCCUUACCUGCAGGUCAUCUUGAUGCGACCACACUUGCAGACUAUCUCGUGCAUAAGGGAAUACCUUUCAGAACAUCUCAUGAUAUUGUAGGCAAGUCUGUUGCUAUGUGCCUUGGAAAGAACUGCCAGCUGAAGGACUUAAGUCUCGAUGAACUGCGAACUUUGAGUCCAAUCUUUGACGACGAUGUUUAUGAAUUUCUUGGAGUAGAAAAUUCGGUUAACAAAUUUUCGUCGUAUGGCUCCACGGGAUCUGAAUGUGUUGCCAAUCAACUCCAGUAUUGGAUCGAAAAACUUGGCAUUAUUAGUCAGUAGAGAUUAGGUUUGAUGAGUAUGGCCAUGGAGGAAGGGGUUUUGAGGCAAUGAGUAGAACAGAAUAAAGUUAGGGGGCAUUUGAAGUUGCCAUUGCUAGCAUAAUAUUUGAUGCAAGAAAAGGGGGUUGUGGGACUAUUAAUAAGUAUAAUUAUAUUCCUAAGCAUAUAGAUUAGUUGGUCAUUUUCUUAGCAUUCCUCUGCUAUUAUGUACGAAUGACUUAUGUAUUUCGGAAUUUGGUCUUUAUUUUGAGCCUAUAUUUCACUUUAUAA